CAGUCCCUUCUCUGUCAGUGGCUUCCUCAGUCACAUGGGUUGUGUGUGUGAGUUUAAAAGAGCCUAAAUCGUGUAUAGCUGGUGCAGUGGAGGCUUCCAGGAGCCCAUUGGGGGGAGAGCUGGUGCUGGAUCUAUGGUGACAGAGCAGGAGGAGCAGCUGCAGCCCCCACUAACAGAGAAAUAAUCCAACCACCGGUUGAGAGACUCUGACAGGACACUGCGUGGGAUAUAAAGAACCGGAGAGAAGAAAAGAAUUAUCCAUCACCUGAUGAGAACGCUGGAACAUCACACAUAGAGAUAUUCACAGCUGCGGAUUCGUCUUUCUUGAAGCUGCGCACAGUUCAUGAGCUGACAGGGGGCACCGAGGAGCAACCCCAAGAUGGCGAAUCCGGUGACCUCCGCCUGCUGCCUGGUGCUGGCUGCGUCUGUGAUGGUGUGCGCCCAGAGACACGGCGAGGCUGAAACAAAACCCAGAAGUCGCCCGUUCAUCUCCGAAUCUAGAUCAUUAGACCGAAGCCAAACCCAGCGAGCCGGACGGAGCCCGCAAAGAGAUCCACAUAUCCAGUACGAGAAGAUUGGUUCCAAUGCAGUAAUAAAGUGCGGCAGCAUGGACCCGGAGGCCGCGGUGACGUGGACGGUCAAUGGGACAGAUAUCGACCACUCCCAGCUGAACGGCUCCGCCCUCCUUCUCCAUAAUUUGGAUUUAUCGCACAAUGGUUUCUACUCUUGUUUUGAAGGCUCGUCGUGGCAGCUCUGGCACCAGACUAUCCUCAAAGUGGGGCUAAAACCCGACCCCCCAGAAAAUGUCCUGGCAAAACCCAUCCACAAAAACCCCAAAAGGCUGGAAGUCACGUGGCAAACGCCGUCCACCUGGCCGGACCCCGAAUCAUUUCCACUCAAGUUCUUCCUGCGAUAUCGGCCAUUAAUUCUAAACACAUGGCAGCAUGUAGAGUUAUCAGACGGGACGUCUCACACCAUCACAGACGCCUACGCUGGUAAGGAAUACAUAAUCCAAGUGGCAGCCAAGGACUCUGAGAUUGGCACCUGGAGUGAUUGGAGUGUGGCUGCUCACGCUACGCCAUGGACAGAGGAGCCCAAGUACAUCACAACAGAAGCCCAGAAAACAGAAACCACAACGACAAUCACAACCACAACCACGACGACUUACGUGGCACCUCCCACCGCCAAGCCAUGUGUCCCCGAACCUACAGUGGGAGCAGCGGCCGUCAGAGUGUCCUGGAUCUCCAUAUUGUUAGUGGUUCCAGUUGGGAUUUUGCUGAUGUGAUUCCUUUGCUGCGUUCCUACAUAAAGUAUUUCAAUAUUUUUUCUCUAUUUUGCACAUGUUACGGAGGAUACAACUUAUUUUCAUGUUAUCUUCAUUGGUUAAGAAAUUCUUUUCUUUGGAGCAAUGGACAAAUCCAAUCGAGAACAGCGCUUGGCGCGGCCAACGAUGCGGUGCUGAAAGGAAGCAAACAGUGAGACUGUACCCAAUGUGGACAUAUAAAAAAAAACAUGGCUGCCAAAACAAGGCGGGCGAACCCACAAACCGCACAGCAUCGACGUGGGAGGAGGAGCCACAGACUUAAUGGAGACUCUCUGGUUGAUGGGACGCUACGAUCGUCAUGGGAUCAUACAGCUAUACCGCCAUGCCAAAGACGCAACCUCUACGUUUCUUUCCCACCAUGCUGUGCUUCCCGGGUCAAAGCUCCUUGCUGAUGUCUUUCUGGACAAAUAAAAAUAAAAGUCGGAAGUAACGCGGAACUUCUGGGAUCUUCUGAGCCACAGGACAAUAUCUCCACAACCUUCAAUAAUCUUCAUUCUACCGUUGGCGCCUUUUUUACUUUUUUUCUUUCCGUUGCCAAAUUACCGGAUUUUGUGCAUUGUAAUUUUUGGAAUUUUGGUUUAAAAAAAAAACUUCCGAGGAAGUUUAUCUUUAAAAACAAACAAAGCAAAAAAUAAUGAUCAAGUUUCCGGUGCGACGCUCUGCCGGCGGGGAGGGGAAGUGACAUUGGCGCUGCUCCGAGCGUCUUGGAUUUAAUGAACUUUUUUUCUUAUGGACUCUGAACAAUCGACCCGUUUCAUCCAAAAACUUUUCAUAUGUUUCUGAGACUCUCUCGAAUUUCAUGGUGUCCUGGGACAAAAACAGGAGGGAGGCGGCGCUGGUCUCAGUACUGCACAGAAUGUCUCCUGACCAUGUAUGAUCGGUGGGGGGACUUGGGGGGGCUCGUCACAAUGUAUUAUCGAUUGUUCUGUAUCUGAUUGUUAAGAGCAUUUCCCCUCGGUCUUGAGAGUCACUCUGUGGGUGUGAGAUAUGUUCACAUAGAGGAGGCACAGAUGACAAGGCCCAGGAACCAGUCAGUGUUUAAUUAUAUCACUUCUAGGAUGAUAUCAAUGCAGUGAGUGUAUACAGAUCUCUCUAAGCUGCUGAAAAUUUUACCAAAAUUUCCUUCCUAUCAGACAGGGGAAAUAUUUAUAUCUGCCUCGUAACCUCAGAUCCAGUUUCUUUAACCAAUCUGUGUUCAAUUACUCAGUCAAUAGUUUUGAUCCAGGAGACCAGGGUGAUGUCAGUCUAGUGAGAGACCAAAUACGGAUCAUUCGAAGCCACUGAAAAUUUUACCAAAAUUUUAGCUCAAUUAAAUUAAUUAAUUCCACAUCUACCUUCUAUUUGGGACCCUAAAAGAAAGAAAGAGAGAGAGAUGUCAUGGCCAUUAUCUAUGUUGGUUUCUUUUGGUCCCUUUUUCAAUAUUGAGCCAAACUUUUGUGACCCACCCCAAUUAUAUGAUGGUUGAAAUUAGAACAUUUCAUGACUUAUAAUCGCAAAUCUAGUUUUUCAGCUUGUCGUUGUUCAAUGACAUAACUAGUUUCAGUCCAGGAGCCCAGGAUUCUGUCAGUCUAGUGAGAAUCCAAAAGCAGAUCACUUGAAACUUCAGAAAAUUUUGGCAAAAUUUUUUCUAUCUCUAUUGAUCACAAAAAAUUGAGAAAAGAUGCAGCUCUACCCUCUAGCCUUAAAUCCAAUAUGGUUCAUCAGACAGUAUUAAAUGACAUCACUUCUUCUAGUCUUAGGUGGUGCCUGUCCAAUAAGAGUCUAUAUACAGAUCACUUGAAGCCAAUAAAAAUUUUACCAAAAUUUCCUCCAUGUCUUUUGGUCAGGAGAAAUAUCCAGCACUGCCUUGUUGUCUGAUAUACAGUUUCUUCAGCUAGUCUUUGUACAUUGACCUAACUAGUGUCAGUCCAGGAGCCCAGGGAGCUGUCAGUCAAGUGAGAUCUCAGAAACAGAUUACUCCAAAGCCACGAAAAUAUUUUCUAAAAUUUUCUCCUUCUUUAUUGGUCACAGGAAAUAGAGAAAAUAUCCAGCUCUGACCCGUAGCCUCAAAUCCAAUAUCUUUAAUCAGUCAGUGUUCUGUGACAUCACUUCUUUCAGUCUUGGGUGAUCACAAUCCAAUAAGAAUUCAAUAUACAGAUCACUUAAAGCCAUUGAAAAUUUUACCAAAAUUUGUGCUCUGUGCUAAAAAAAUAAGAGACAGACAGAGAUGGAGAAAGAGACAUCCUGGAUAUUAUCUGUGCUGGUUGCCAUCUCCCUUUUUUAAUAAAGGGAUUCAAACUCUUGUGACCCACCCAGACCAUGAUGAUCAUUAUAAUGAUUGGAAUUGGCGCAAUUGGGGGCCAUGAGGGAAGCGGGGACUCUCUUCUAUCCCCUAUCCAAAGGACCCCCGAAAUCACGGCUGCGGCACACCCAGACAUUUUCACGGAGCAAACUUUGCACCCUUCCGGAUAACUGCCAAUGCGGGGCGAAGGCUUGUGACAUCAUGGUCUCGCCCCGCUCGUGAUGUCACGGCCAUGCCCCCACAAUGCAAGUCUAUGGGAGGGGGCGUGACUGCCGUCACGCCCCCACCCAUAGACUUGCAUUGAGGGGGCAUGACCGUGACAUCACAAGCGGGCUUGGCUCCUAACGAACCUCGGCUUCAGCAGGGAGAUUGCAGGGGUCCCCAGCGGCUUGACCCCCACAAUCUGACUUCUUAUCCCCUAUACUUUGGAUAGGGAAUAAGAUGUCUAGGGGCGGAGUACUCCUUUAAAUACGAGCCAGAGGAAAAGUUCCUGAGUUGCCCAUAGCAACCAAUCAGAUUGCUUCUUUCAUUUUGCAGAGGCCUUGUUAAAAAUUUAAGAAGAAGAAAUCUGAUUGGUUGCUAUGGGCAACUGGGCAACUUUUCCUCUGCACUUGACAGGACAUGUUGGAGUUGUUUUUCUCAAGAGCCACAGGUUGGGGGACACUACAGUAUGUGACAUAGUAUGAUGUCAUCGUAUGAUGUCAUCGGAGAUGGUGCAUAUUUGAAAGGUGGACCCUAUUGCUGCAGUAUUAUACACUGCUCAAAAAAAAUAAAGGGAACACUUACACAACACAAUGUAACUCCAAGUCACUGACCCUUCUGUGAAAUCCCACUGUCCACUCAGGAAGAACACUGAUUGACAAUCAAUUUCACAUGGAACAGACAGCACGUAGAAAUUAUAGGUAAUUACCAUACACCCCCAAUAAAUGAGUGGUUCUGCAGGUGGUGACUACAGACCACUUCUCAGUUCCUAUGCUUCCUGGCUGAUGUUUUGGUCACUUUUGAAUGCUGGCGGUGCUUUCACUCUAGUGGUAGCAUGAGACGGAGUCUACAACCCACACAAGUGGCUCAGGUAGUGCAGCUCAUCCAGGAUGGCACAUCAAUGCGAGCUGUGGCAAGAAGGUUUGCUGUGUCUGUCAGCGUAGUGUCCAGAGCAUGGAGGCGCUACCAGGAGACAGGCCAGUACAUCAGGAGACGUGGAGGAGGCCGUAGGAGGGCAACAACCCAGCAGCAGGACCGCUACCUCCGCCUUUUUAUAAGGAGGAGCAGGAGGAGCACUGCCAAAGCCCUGCAAAAUGACCUCCAGCAGGACACAAAUGUGCAUGUGUCCACACAAACGGUCAGAAACAGACUCCAUGAGGGUGGUAUGAGGGCCCGACGUCCACAGGUGGGGGUUGUGCUUAUAGCCCAACACCGUGCAGGACGUUUGGCAUUUGCCAGAUAGCACCAAGAUUGGCAAAUUCCCCACUGGUGUCCUGUGCUCUUCACAUAUGAAAGCAGGUCCACACUGAGCACAUGUGACAGACGUGACAGUCUGGAGACGCCGUGAAGAAUGUUCUGCUGCCUGCAACAUCAUCCAGCAUGACCGGUUUGGUGGUGGGUCAGUAAUGGUGUGAGGUGGCAUUUCUUUGGGGGGUCGCACAGCCCUCCAUGUGCUUGCCAGAGGUAGCCUGACUGCCAUUAGGUACCGAGAUGAGAUCCUCAGACCCCUUGUGAGACCAUAUGCUGGUGCGGUUGGGUUCCUCCUAAUACAAGACAAUGCUAGACCUCAUGUGGCUGGAGUGUGUCAGAAGUUCCUACAAGAGGAAGGCAUUGAUGCUAUAGACUGGCCGCCCGUUCCCCUGAAUCCGAUUGAGCACAUCUGGGACGUCUCGCUCCAUCCACCACAGACUGUCCAGGAGUUGGCGGAUGCUUUAGUCCAGGUCUGGGAGGACAUCCCUCAGGAGACCAUCCUCCACCUCAUCAGGAUCAUGCCCAGGCGUUGUAGGGAGGUCAUACGGGCACGUGGAGGCCACACACACUACUGAGCCUCAUUGGGACUUGUAUUAAGGACAUUACAUAAAGUUGGAUCGGCCUGUAGUGGGGUUUUCCACUGUGAUUUUGAGGGGGACUCCAUAUCCAGACCUCCAUGGGUUAAUGAUUUCCAUUGAUAAUUUUUGGUGAUUUUGUUGUCAGCGCAUUCAACUAUGUAAAGAGGAAAGUAUUUCACACGAUUAGUUCAUUCAGAUCUACGAUGUGUUAUCUUAGUGGUCACUUUAGUUUUUUGGAGCAGUGUGUGAGGACCUGGGUCUGAUUGACUUGAGAUUCCCUAAUGGACACGUUUGGAUAUAUGGGUGGGUGUUGUCUUAGAGGUAGACGGGAGCUGCAGGAUGGGGUGCAGCACAGAUCAUAGCAGGAAACCCCCACCCCAUUUACCUCUGUCAUAUACUCCUUACACUGCAGGGGGCGACACUGAACAAAGAAGAAGAAGAAAGAGAAUAUGAAAUCUGUGAUCCAGCCUGAGGCAUGAUGGGAAAAACCUUUAGGAUGAGAAUAAAGAAAUUAUAAAAAAAAAAAAAAAAAAACUCUUUAUCAAAAUUUCUUUACCAUGUGACACAGAAUUGAUCCCCGUACCAAUCCUGAAAAUAUCAGAGGAGUCAGGAAUCCCCCUUUAAAUAUGGUUCUACCGCUGGAACGACAUUUCUACCCUCUGUGCACUUUAUUAAAAAAAAAAAGAUUCAUUCUGCACCUCGUGUUAGCCAAGAAAGUGAUAAAUUCAGAUAAGGAAACCCCUUAAAUCCUGCAGAUAAGGGCCCGAUCCUUAUGUAGAGGAAUCAGGUUUCCCUUUAAAGGGGUACUCCAGUGAAAAAAUUAUUAUUAUUAUUUUUUUGUUCUUAAAUCAACUGGUGCCAGAAAGUUAAACAGAUUUGUAAAUUACUUCUAUAAAAAAAAAAAAAUCUUAAUCCUUCCAGUACUUUUUAGCUGCUGAAUACUACAGAGGAAAUUAUUUUCUUUUUGGAACACAGUGCUCUCUGCUGACACCUCUGUCCAUUUCAGGAACUGUCCAGAGCAGCAUAUGUUUUCUAUGGGGAUCUAAUCCUUCUCUGGACAGAGAUGUCAGCAGAGAGCACUGUGUUCCAAAAA